AUGAUCACCACGGACGCCAGCAGAACUCCAGCCAUCGAAAUCGGAGUGGACCCUUCUGCAAGCAGCGACAACCUUGUGAUACCCGAUGAGCUUCGCGCAGAGAAUUUGAUCUUCAGCACCGUCGGCAAGCCAACAUCCGGUUCCCCCGAGCUCGACUUCGAGGUCGCUGAGGAGGACUAG